GGGGGCCAGGCCAUGCGGGAGCUGCGCUCGUCCUCCUUCUGGAGGGCUGUCCUGGCCGAGUUCCUGGGCAGCCUCCUCUAUGCCCUGCUGGGGCUGGGGGCUUCCCUGCGCUGGGCCCCGGGCCCCCCCAGCGUCCUGGGGACCGCCUUGGCCUUCGGGCUCGCCCAGGCCACCUUGGUGCAGGCGCUGGGCCACGUCAGCGGGGGCCACAUCAACCCGGCCAUCACCUUGGCCUUCCUGCUGGCCUCGCAGCUCUCCCUGCUCCGCGCCCUGGGCUACCUGCUGGCCCAGCUGCUGGGCGCGCUGGCCGGGGCGGGCGUGCUCUACGGGGUGACCCCGGCUCCCGUCCGCGGCACCCUCGGCCUCAGCGCGCUGCACCCCGGUGUGGGACCGGGCCAGGGCACGGUGGUGGAGCUGCUCCUGACCGCCCAGUUCGUCCUCUGCGUCUUUGCCAGCUUCGACGACCGACAUGACGGGCGCCCGGGCUCGGCCGCGCUGCCCGUUGGCUUGUCCCUCGCCCUCGGCCACAUCUUUGGGAUCCACUACACGGGCGCCGGCAUGAACCCCGCUCGCUCCUUCGCCCCCGCCAUCAUCACCCGCAACUUCGCCAACCACUGGGUGUACUGGGCCGGGCCGCUGCUGGGCUCGGCGCUGGGCGCGCUGCUCUACGAGUUCGCGCUGUGCCCGCGGCCGCGCAGCCUGGCCGAGCGCUUGGCCGCGCUGCGGGGGGAGCCGCCCGCCGCCGAGGCGCCGCCCGAGCCGCCGGCCGAGCCGCUGGAGCUGAAGACGCAGGGGCUGUAGGUGCGGCCCCCCCCGCGCCCGCCCGCCGGGAUCGGGGCCGGGGCCGGGGCCGGGGCCGGGGCCGGGGCCGGGGCCGGGGCCGCCGCGCUGCGUGUGGUGCGUGUGUGUGCGGCGCGGCGGGGCCCCGGCGCCCGGGACCGGGCCGGGCUGGGGCCGCCCCGCCGCGGCGGGAGGUCUGUGUUCGGUGAAUUAAACCUGCUCUUUUA